UUCCUUUAUACCCUUUAUUCACUAAAUUCAGAGUCAGAAAUUGAAAGCAUUUCCGAAAAAAUUUCAUUAUCACAACAUACAUCAACCAACUUCUUUGCUGUUCACAGCAGAAAUAUCAUAGAAAUGCUUUAUUAUAAAAGAAAAUGGUGGAAAAAAGAAAUGUUACAAAUCUGCAUUUAACAUCUGCUAAACAAAGAAUUGUUUCUUGCGUUGUGCGUAACAGAUCAUACAGAAUUUUGCUGCUGUCAACAAUUUUAUUUGCCUUGUUGCCUUUUGGUUUAGAAUUAUUUGGGAAAGCCAAAAACACUGCUUUGAUAUUAUGCAGCCAUUCUGAGUUUCAAGAAUUUAAAGGAAAAGAAGUCAUUGGGCAAGUUCGAACAGUGAGAAUUAAGAUCAAUAAAUCUGAAGAAAACAAAUUUUCUCCAAAAUUAAUACUAUUGUGGACGACUUAUUUCAACGAAAUAUAUUCGAAAGAUUUUUAUUUCUUCCAAGAAGGUCGGGAAACAUUUGAUCGUUACAACUGCCAAGUAAGUAAUUGUUACGCUACAGCAAAUAAAUCUGCAGCACAUCAAGCCGAUGCUAUUCUAUUCCAUGCACCAGAUCUCAAUUCUUCAAAUAUACCUCAAAGAUUCCGAAACGACCAAAUAUGGAUUCUUUAUAGCAUGGAGCCUCCACGGUAUGCAGUUCUUAAAUGGCGUCUGAUUAGUUCUCUUUUCAACUGGACCAUGACAUAUCGUUCCGAUUCAGAUGUUCAAGUGAAAUAUGGUGAAGUCGUUCCUAAUAAAAAUGCCUGUCAUGCCAGCGUCCCCGCACGCGGAAGCAUUAUAAAAAACAAAACAAAUAAAGCUUUGUGGAUGGUAAGUAAUUGCCGAACUGAAAGCAAGCGUGAAGCUUACAUCCGAGAACUUCGAAAACAUUUCAAAGUAGACAUAUAUGGCAAAUGCAGCCGUAAAAGAAAGUGCGAGCCAUCUCAGUCUGAAAAGUGCUAUCAGCUACUGAAGAACUAUAAGUUUUAUCUUUCCUUUGAAAAUUCUAUUUGCAAAGACUAUAUAACUGAAAAAUUCUUCAAUGUUUUGCAGUAUGACAUUGUUCCUGUAGUUUUUGGUGCGGCUAAUUAUGAGGCCAUAGCACCUCCAAAUUCUUAUAUAGAUGCAACUCAGUUUCCUAAACCUGAGGAUCUUGCUAAGCAUUUACAUGGAGUUGCAAAGAACCAGUCUUGGUACAACAGUUUUUUUGAAUGGAAAGGCACAUACUCUGUCCAUUUAUAUCCUUGGAUGUGUGACUUAUGUCAACGUUUACACCGACCCAAAACAGAGUUGAAGACUGUUCCAAAAGAUUUAUGGACUUGGUGGGUACGGAAUGCUACUUGUCGUUUAUGGACGAAAACUAAAGGCUUCCAAAAUAUUUUUCCAGCACAUAAGAAACAAUGACUGGUAUAAAAAUGUACGAAAACAGAAUACUAUUGCAAGGCAUGAAAGGUAUCAUCAUAGAUGA